ACGUCUCGAAUGUUGUUGUUGGUGGCGGCGGCGAGCGGAGCCGGAGGAGCCGCCGCAAAGAUGGAGGAGCCGUCGAGGAGGUGCUGCCGCUGCUGCCGCCGCCGCUGCUGCCGCCGCCGCCCGCGAAGCCGGAGCUCGAGCCGCAGGGGGGAUGCCGUUCUGAGUGCCUGACUGCCUCGCCCCGAAGGAUGGCCUCGCAUGGGCGUUAGAGGCACAGCGGCCCCGGGCUCCUGUCCCGUCCGUCUGUCUGUUAUCGUCUGUCUCUCUUGACAUCACCGCAGCUCCACCCCCUCCCGUCCCAGCCCCCAACGCCAGCUUCCUGCGGGCCCAGAGCCGGCAUGAACUCUCCCACCGAGUCGGGGCGCAGAACGGCAGGCCUGGGUGAGGGGCAGUUUCCCUCCAUUUCUCUCAGUGCAGGAGCUUUCCUGUUUGGAAAAGAAAAAUAGAAGAUGGUCCAUCCCAGCCUUCAUAGCAAACAACAGAUGGGAUGCCAGGCCGGGAACCAUCCUUGGAAAUCCUGCCUCGGACCCCUCUACAUGGCCUCCCUGUGGCAGUGGAGGUGAAGCCGGUGCUGCCAGGAGCCAUGCCCAGCUCCAUGGGGGGCGGGGGAGGAGGCAGCCCCAGCCCCGUGGAGCUGCGGGGUGCGCUGGCAGGCCCCGUGGACCCCGCGCUGCGGGAGCAGCAGCUACAACAGGAGCUCCUGGCGCUCAAGCAGCAGCAGCAGCUGCAGAAGCAGCUCCUGUUCGCUGAGUUCCAGAAGCAGCACGACCACCUGACCCGGCAGCAUGAGGUCCAGCUGCAGAAGCACCUCAAGCAGCAGCAGGAGAUGCUGGCGGCCAAGAGGCAGCAGGAGCUGGAGCAGCAGCGGCAGCGGGAGCAGCAGCGGCAGGAGGAGCUGGAGAAGCAGCGGCUGGAGCAGCAGCUGCUCAUCCUGCGAAACAAGGAGAAGAGCAAAGAGAGUGCCAUCGCCAGCACUGAGGUGAAGCUGAGGCUCCAGGAAUUCCUCCUGUCGAAGUCAAAGGAGCCCACACCGGGCGGCCUCAACCAUUCCCUCCCACAGCAUCCCAAAUGCUGGGGAGCCCACCAUGCUUCUUUGGACCAGAGUUCCCCUCCCCAGAGCGGCCCCCCUGGGACGCCUCCCUCCUACAAACUGCCUUUGCUUGGGCCCUACGACAGCCGCGAUGACUUCCCCCUCCGCAAAACAGCCUCCGAACCCAACUUAAAAGUACGUUCGAGGCUAAAGCAGAAGGUGGCCGAGCGGAGAAGCAGUCCCCUCCUGCGUCGCAAGGACGGGACUGUCAUUAGCACCUUUAAGAAGAGAGCUGUUGAGAUCACAGGUGCCGGGCCUGGAGCGGCAGCCGUGUGUAACAGCGCGCCAGGCUCCGGCCCCAGCUCUCCUAACAGCUCCCACAGCACCAUCGCCGAGAAUGGCUUUACUGGCUCAGUCCCCAACAUCCCCACCGAGAUGCUCCCCCAGCACCGGGCCCUCCCUCUGGACAGCUCCCCCAACCAGUUCAGCCUCUACACGUCUCCCUCUCUGCCCAACAUCUCCCUAGGGCUGCAGGCCACGGUCACUGUCACCAACUCGCACCUCACCGCCUCCCCGAAGCUUUCGACGCAGCAGGAGGCCGAGAGGCAGGCCCUCCAGUCCCUGCGGCAGGGUGGUGCACUGACGGGCAAGUUCAUGAGCACAUCCUCUAUCCCCGGCUGCCUGCUGGGCGUGGCACUGGAGGGCGACACCAGCCCCCACGGGCAUGCCUCCCUGCUGCAGCAUGUGCUGCUGCUGGAGCAGGCCCGGCAGCAGAGCACCCUCAUUGCUGUGCCGCUCCACGGGCAGUCCCCGCUGGUGACGGGUGAGCGCGUGGCCACCAGCAUGCGGACGGUGGGCAAGCUCCCUCGGCACCGGCCCCUGAGCCGCACUCAGUCCUCGCCGCUGCCCCAGAGCCCCCAGGCCCUGCAGCAGCUGGUCAUGCAGCAGCAGCACCAGCAGUUCCUAGAGAAGCAGAAGCAGCAGCAGUUGCAGCUGGGCAAGAUCCUCACCAAGACUGGGGAGCUGCCACGGCAGCCCACCACCCACCCCGAGGAGACAGAGGAGGAGCUGACAGAGCAGCAGGAGGCCUUCCUGGGGGAGGGAGCCCUGACCAUACCCCGAGAAGGCUCCACGGAGAGUGAGAGCACACAGGAAGACCUGGAGGAGGAGGAAGAGGAGGAGGAGGAGGAGGAAGAGGAGGAGGAGGAGGAGGAGGAGGAGGAGGAGGACUGCAUCCAGGUCAAGGAUGAGGAGGGCGAGAGUGGUGCUGAGGAGGGGCCCGACUUGGAGGAGUCCAGUGCUGGUUACAAAAAGGUGUUUGCAGAUGCUCAGCAGCUGCAGCCACUGCAGGUGUACCAGGCGCCCCUCAGCCUGGCCACUGUGCCUCACCAGGCCCUGGGCCGCACCCAGUCCUCACCUGCUGCCCCUGGGGGCAUGAAGAGCCCCCCGGACCAGCCCACCAAGCACCUCUUCACCACAGGUGUGGUCUACGACACGUUCAUGCUGAAGCACCAGUGCAUGUGCGGCAACACACACGUGCACCCCGAGCACGCUGGCCGGAUCCAGAGCAUCUGGUCUCGGCUGCAGGAGACAGGUCUGCUCAGCAAGUGUGAGCGGAUCCGGGGUCGCAAAGCCACGCUGGACGAGAUCCAGACUGUGCACUCCGAAUACCACACCCUGCUCUAUGGGACCAGCCCCCUCAACCGACAGAAGCUGGACAGCAAGAAGCUGCUCGGCCCCAUCAGCCAGAAGAUGUACGCCAUGCUGCCUUGUGGGGGCAUCGGGGUGGACAGCGACACCGUGUGGAAUGAGAUGCACUCCUCCAGUGCCGUGCGCAUGGCGGUGGGCUGCCUGGUGGAGCUGGCUUUCAAGGUGGCGACGGGGGAGCUCAAGAAUGGUUUUGCCAUCAUCCGGCCCCCGGGACACCACGCGGAGGAAUCCACAGCUAUGGGAUUCUGCUUCUUCAACUCUGUAGCCAUCACAACCAAACUCCUGCAGCAGAAGCUGAGUGUGGGCAAGGUUCUCAUCGUGGACUGGGACAUUCACCACGGCAAUGGCACCCAGCAAGCAUUCUACAACGACCCCUCCGUGCUCUACAUCUCCCUGCAUCGCUAUGACAAUGGGAACUUCUUUCCGGGCUCUGGGGCUCCUGAAGAGGUUGGCGGAGGGCCGGGCGUGGGGUACAAUGUGAACGUGGCAUGGACGGGAGGUGUGGAUCCCCCCAUCGGAGACGUGGAGUACCUAACGGCCUUCAGGACAGUGGUGAUGCCCAUUGCCCACGAGUUCUCACCUGACGUGGUCCUGGUCUCCGCCGGGUUUGAUGCUGUUGAGGGACACCUGUCUCCGCUGGGUGGCUACUCUGUGACCGCCAGAUGUUUUGGCCACUUGACCAGGCAGCUGAUGACGCUGGCAGGGGGCCGGGUGGUGCUGGCCCUCGAGGGAGGCCAUGACUUGACCGCCAUCUGUGAUGCCUCUGAGGCCUGUGUCUCCGCUCUGCUCAGCGUGGAGCUGCAGCCCUUGGACGAGGCAGUCUUGCAACAAAAGCCCAACGUCAACGCAGUGGCCACGCUAGAGAAAGUCAUCGAGAUCCAGAGCAAACACUGGAGCUGUGUGCAGAGGUUCGCUGCUGGUCUAGGCCGUUCCCUGCGGGAGGCCCAGGCAGGUGAGACAGAGGAGGCUGAGACUGUGAGCGCCAUGGCCUUGCUGUCGGUGGGGGCCGAGCAGGCCCAGGCUGCUGCAGGCCGGGAGCACAGCCCCAGGCCGGCAGAGGAGCCCAUGGAGCAGGAGCCUGCCCUGUGACGCCCUGGCCCCCAUCCCUCUGGGCUUCAUCAUUGUGAUUUUGUUUAUUUUUUCUAUUAAAAAACAAAAAGUCACACAUUCAACAA